GCUUAGUGACAAUCCUCUUCACUGUAAAAGUCAUCUUAGUUCCUGCAGGACAAAUAAAGACCUGCCGUACGUACGUACAGUAUAGACAGGACUUUAUAUCUGCUGGGAGGUGUGUCAGUGAUCCAUUGCAGUCAUGUGUGACCAAACGUUUGUGGCGGCCACCUUUGGCCCGUGUGAGAGCUGCACAACGCCCAGUCCCCUCAUAAACAUCUACAUCAAGAGCGAGCCCAUCAACUACUGCUCCUUCUGCGUGGAGAAGAUGGCAUGCGAGGGUCUCACGGCUGGAGAAAGUCUGGCGUCGCUCAAGAGGGAAAGUGAGAGCUUGAAGAAGAAGUUGGACGAGGAGAGGAACAAGCUGAGCGACGUGCAGCUGCACCAGUUGGCAGAGAAGGUCGAGGCGUUGCCGUCUCUGUCCAUAAAGACCAGACGUGUGCUGAAAGGGCACAACAACAAAGUGUUAAAUAUGGACUGGUGCAAAGACAAGCGACGCCUGGUCAGCUCUUCACAGGAUGGAAAAGUGAUCGUAUGGGACGCCUUCACCCUCAAUAAGGAGCAUGGCGUGAGCCUGCCGUACACGUGGGUGAUGGCGUGUGCGUUCGCUCCCUCGGGUUGUGUGGUAGCAUGCGGAGGACUGGACAACCGGUGCUCGGUGUUCCCGCUUUCCUUGGACCCCAAUGAGAACCUGGCGGCAAAGAAGAAGGCCGUGGCCAUGCACACCAACUACGUGUCAGGAUGCACCUUCACCAACUCUGACAUGCAGCUCCUGACCAGCAGCGGAGACGGGUCAUGCGCUCUGUGGGACAUAGAGAGUGGACAGCUGCUGCAGAGCUUCCACGGUCACACCGCUGACGUCUUGUCUCUGGACCUCGCACCCUCUGAGACGGGCAACACUUUUGUCUCUGGGGGCUGUGAUAAGAAGGCCAAUGUGUGGGACAUGCGCUCAGGUCAGAACAUCCAGUCCUUUGAGAGCCACCAGUCUGACAUCAACUGUGUCAAGUACUACCCCAGUGGUGAUGCAUUCGCUUCUGCUUCUGACGACGCCACAUGUCGCUUCUAUGAUUUACGCGCUGACCGUGAAGUGGCCGUCUAUGAGAAAGACAGCAUCAUCUUCGGAGCCUCCAGCGUGGAUUUCUCUCUUAGCGGUCGCCUACUCUUCGCUGGCUAUAACGACUACACCAUAAAUGUGUGGGACGUCCUAAAGGGAAGUCGCGUUUUGCCUCUGUUUGGACACGAGAAUCGCAUCAGCCGUGUCAGAGUGUCACCUGACGGCACGGCACUCUGCACAGCCUCCUGGGACAACACCUUACGGAUUUGGGCGUAGACUCUGCAACUCUGCAAUGCCGAAACUGACUUUUUCAACAGGGCAAAGACAGGAUAAGUGGCAGAAAAUGAAUGAUUGAAUAUUGACAGAGCCAUAAAAAAUAAAAUAAAGAUAUCUGUCGCCCGAAGUUGGCUGGGAUAGGCUCCAGCAUGCCCCCGCGACCCUAAAGAGAAGAAGCGGUGUAGAAAAAAAAAAAAAAAAUAAUAAUAAUAAUAAUAAUGGUAGGGUUGACUUUUUAAGUUGGUGGUGUGUUAAUACUGAGUAUUUAUUGAGGACCAGCAUUCACUUUAAUGUUGAUAAAGAGCGACAUUAUGUAUGAAAUCAAACACCAUUGUCACGUCUUAGAACGGGGUUUCCCAGUUUCUUUCAGCUCAAAACACACAAUUGGAAAUUCGGUUCCUGCCUGGGAUCCAGACUUUGUAAAAUAAAUCAUAUCAUGACAUAUACUCUACAUGAACUAAUGAUUAAGACCAAAGCAGACAUCAAUUUAGUCCAACAAACAUGCAUCAAAAGGUUUUGUGACAUGGUUUUCCUGUUUCAAUAACAAAUAACAUGACGUUGUAGCAUUUUACACUGGCAAUAAAAUUUGACUCUGACACCCCUGUCUGAGAUAGUCUCAUGCAAUUUUGUGUUGAUAAUUGAUUCCAAUCAUCUGUAAAACGCAAAUCGACAUUAAAACUAAUUCAAACUUCAUCUUGUCGUCAGCUGGUGUUCCAUGGUGUCCCAUGCAAGGAAUAAAAUGGACAUGCCUUUACUUACAUACAUUUGGGAGCAAGAAAACUGAUGUUACAGUAAAAAUACAAAUGUUGAUAUGAUCCUUUUAAGUCAACAUGGACCCUGGACCACACAUAAAUGCUGAAAUAAUGACAAUGAUGAAACUGAUACCUUCAUGCACAACAAACAUGAGAAAAUACAUUUAAAAGAAAGUAAAUUCUGUCAUAUCUUGCAAUCAGUGUGCAGCCAUGGGGCCUCAUUCAGCCCUCAGCUUGUUUUUUUUUUUUUAUUGGCCCUCAACGCGUUCUGAAAAUUAAAGAAUUCAGUAGUAGUGAUGCCAAACAAUUCAAACCUGUAAUCAUAUUAAUCACACAGUUGCUCUCAAUUCAUUUAGAUUCAUCACAAUCAAAUAGCAUUCAUUUUGUAUCUAUAUUCAUCAUAUUUCUUUUUGCAUGAGCAGGGAGACUGAAGAAAGAAAUACCAUAUAUGUGCUUUAUGUGUUUGUUUGUGGACGUACUCCUAUUUCAGCCAGCUGCUAAGACAACCUACGUAACUUGUUGACAUUAUCCGAGAGGAGAGCUGACCGCUCCUUCUUUACAAUGUUGCCUGCAAGUGAGAACAGGCUCUCACAUGGAACAGUGGUUGCAGGAGUGGUGAGAUAUUAGCAAGUCAGCAGUGCCAGCUUGCCAUGAGCUCCUGAGUGAGAUGACCGCCACUCCAACUGUCCAUUUGCGCAUGCACGACCCUAUGAAACUACUUGAACAAACUGCCCGUUUGGGUUGCCAGACACAUUUCAGAGAUUUUGACCCACAGAUGGGUUAAUUGCGUUAAAAUUUUUAAUCAGAUUAAUAACGACGGUGGAUUAAGCCGCAUUAACGCAUUUGUUUUGACAUCCCUAUUAAUCAGAUAUAUUUUUAGAUUUGACACUAAUAACUAUAAUAAUGGUUUGCUUUGUCACCUGUAACACAAACUUUAAGAUGGCGAUGUUUUCUUCAAAUAGCGUAGCAUAUAUUUGUCUACAUGGUAUUGGUUUUAGCAUCUUUAAUGGACAUAAUGUAUCAACAUGGCCCCUGCCUCCUUUAAUCUGUCUGUAUGCUGCACUCGGUGGGAAAAGGUUGGACUCCCCUGGUCAAGUUUUUGCCAAUGUAGGAUAAUAUUGUUUUAUUAACUUGUUAGCGGAGUGAGUAAAUAUUUAUUACAAGUAGAUUUUAGAAUAACUGUUUGCACUGAUGUUUAUUGAUUGAAUUAUUAACUGAGUGCCUUAAUAAAAGUACAGUAUAAAUAUAACUGUUUUAUGAUUAGCUGAGUGAGUUGUUACAAGUAGUUUAUCGCAAUAAUGCUUUAUUAAAGGGCCGCAUGGUGGCUGCAUGGUUAGCAUGUUGGCCACACAGUCAGGAGAUCGGAAGAUCUGGGUUGGGCAUCUCUGUGUGGAGUUUACAUGUUCUCCCCGUGCAUGCGUGGGUUUUCCCCGGGUACUUUGGUUUCCUCCCACAUUCCAAAAACAUGCAUGUUAGGUUAAUUGGCGACUCUAAAUUGCCCGUAGAUAUGAAUGUGAGUGUUUGUUUGUCUAUAUGUGCCCUGCGAUUGACUAGCGACCAGUCCAGGGUGUACCCCGCCUCUCGCCCGAAGUCAGCUGGGAUAGGCUCCAGCAUACCCGCGACCCUAGUGAGGAUAAGCGACAUAGAACAUGGAUGGAUGGAAGCUUUUUGAAAUAAUUAGCUGAAUAGAUGAACUGUUUAAGUGUGUCAAAGGUCAAACAGGUAUAGUACCAACUCACACAUAGUGUACAGUACAAUCAGUGAAAGCCAGCCGGGACCAGCAGCCAGAUCUCCCUCCAUACAUCAGUGUUCACCAACAAGUCUUCACUAAAGGUAAUAGUGGGAUUAAAUGUUCAUUUAGCCACUUCAUUCAUCAUUUAUAUUUAUUCCGCUUUGUUAUACUCUAUAAAGUGUGUUUUGUGUUAGUAUUUUUGGGUGUCUGGAAAUGAGUCAUUGGAUUUACAUGAUUUCUUCUGGGAAAAUUGAUUAGGUUUUCGUACGUUUGGGUUUUUGUCCAACCUGACCGGGUUAAAUGACGAAAACUGAGGUUCCACCGUAGAGAAAAAGCAGCCUCCAUGUCAGCUUUGAUUUGGUUUUUCUUGUUACUUUAUGCCUUUAUGCUAAUUUUUUUAGCCCAUUUAUGAUGUUGUUUUUUUCCCUUUGUGUCACGGGUCACAAAUGGACGAACCCAGGGCCACAUUUUAGACAAUUUUGAUGCCUAAAUGAAGUAAAAUGUCUUGGGCCGCUACCAUGAAAUGACUACUCAUCCAUGACAUGGUUGUCUUGUGACGUCAGAGGGUUUGGUAUUGAUUAUACACAUGGUAUUGAUCCUUUUGUCUUGUCAUGUUAGCACAGGUCAAAGGUGAGACAUCCACGUUGUCACUGUGUGACAUGACAGCAUUGAUGGACUGCUUUUCUAGUUUUUAUCACAGAAAAACAAAUGUGUUCCAAUGUGCUAGCUUUUUUUUUUUUUUACUCUCAUUUAGUUAAUUGACUCACGUAUUUCUCGGCAUGAAAUUGAAUAUUCAUAGAUGGGAAAGUACCCGGUGUAAGGGACUGGCAGGGGAAUGAAUGACAAGUGAGACUUCCAAAAUAACACCAGAUGCGCCAAACUACAUCAUGUGUUUGCUUUCACUUAUUUGACCAGAGAGCAAACAUAAAGUGUUAUUCACACUUCCUCAUCACCAAAGCGGAAGUUGUGACGCUCCGCCUGGAAACCAAAUAGGCAAGGUGUUACAGUAAUUCAUUCAUCAACUAUAUAAUUUUAUAUCGUAAACAUAAAUAUAUAUAAUGCCUAAAAAUGUACAAGUAUAAACCAGUAUUAUUACUGUUAAUAUAAAUAAUAAUAAUAAUAUACAAAUGUAUACUACACAUAUACUACAAUAAUAUACUACACAUUUAAUACAUAUUUAAUAACGAUAUCAGUUGGUGACAGAAGCACCACUAAAUGAUGCUGAUACUACAGCAAUUAGCACUCAAUAGCUGCGUUAAUCCCAUCGCCAGUGCUACAUGCAAUAGCUACAAUAGUUGUUUUGGUUGAUUACUUGAUGUACUCAAUGUGUCAGGCACCAAAUCAACAUAUAUUUCAGUGUUAACUUGCCAUUAUAAAGUGAAAAAAUGGCAAACCAUUCACUUUCAUUAUUACAGUUUAUAAAAUAAUAACCUGCAUGUAUUAAAUGUGCGGAAGAAGUGAUAGAAAUGUGUUCCAAAAAGCAUGUUAAUUUUUUAAAGAAGUUGUAUUUAAGGUGAUUAAAAAAAAAUCUUUCAUUCAAUAAGCUUCUAAAAUACUGUAAAUAUAUGUUGUUCACUGGUUUAUUUGUUUAUAUAUUGUAUGUACUUACAAUGAAUAUUAAAAAAGCAGUGGCACUAAGAAAAACAAACCUCACAUCACUUUUUUUUUAAAGGAAAAAACAAUUGGUUCACUUGUGAGGAAUUAUUGUAUUUGUACUUUAUUUAUUUAUCCCACAGCGGGGAAAUUUACUUGUUACAGCAGCAAGCAAGAUACGCAAGUAAAGAAUACAGUGUAAAGAAUACAUAUUGACUACAACAUGGUUCAGGUGGUACAGGUGUUGUAGAGCCUGAACAGGAAUUAGUGGAUAUUUUCCUUUUACCAUAUGUUCCAAAAUAAUUAUUUUAUUAACCCUGUGAGAAUUUACUAUUAUCAUUUUCCUGUGUGCUUUUUUUUUGCUGCUUUUACUGCAUAUUCAUUCAUUUUACAUUUUUUCAACUGUGCUAUGGGUUUUUUUGCAUGUAUUAAGAUCAAUCCUGUCAAUGUAAGUGUUUUUUCUUGAUUGUAUGAUUGAAUACUGUAAAUAAUUGUUUUAUGUACUUUUCAUGGGUUUCUGCUGGCCAAAAGAGGCCACAAUGGAGUCAAGUGACACAAUUGCUGUAAAUAAAUGUUUUUAUGUACUUUUCAUUGGUUUUUGCUGGCCAAAAGAGGCCACAAUGGAGUCAAGUGACACAAUUGCUGUAAAUAAAUGUUUUUAUGUACUUUUCAUUGGUUUUUGCUGGCCAAAAGAGGCCACAAUGGAGUCAAGUGACACAAUUGCUGUAAAUAAAUGUUUUUAUGUACUUUUCAUUGGUUUUUGCUGGCCAAAAGAGGCCACAAUAGAGCCAAGUGAC